GCGCGCGCCUCGCCUCCCGCGAACGCGCCCUGCGCUGCAGCCCCACCCUGCGGGCUCCGACCGCCGCCGCCGGGACCCGCGCAGGGGGGUGCGGACGCCGGCCACCGCCGCCGGGACAUGCGCCGGCUGCGGGCUCGGCCUCCGCCGCCAUCUUUUCGGGAUUUUCGGAAGUAUUUUUGGGGAUUUUUCGUUCUUCACGUUGGAGGCCAAAUCCCGCGAGAUUUGUUUUAGGAAAUUGUUGCUAGGACAUUUGUGAGCAACUUUGGCUUGAUCCUCUCUCAAAUGUCUAACGGAUUCGGCUUGGAUUUGGAGUUUUCCCCAAAACCGAGUUCUUCGUAGGGUUUCGGUUGACUCCAAAAUUCGUGAUGGAUGUUUGAGGUUUUCGUGAGAUUCUUCAUGGAUCCGUUUGUCCUUGGGGCAGUGAAUCUAUGGCUCAAGUUUUGCUUCGAUUCGUUGUGAUUUGGGAAAGUAAUUUUGAUUCCAAGCUUUGCUAGCUCUCAUGUUCUUCCCCGUGGACAGGGAGAGCCUCACGGAGGCCACAUCGGGGGCAAUCGGCGCGCUCGUCAGCACAAUCGUGCUCUACCCGCUCGACACGUGCAGGACCAAGCUCCAGACGCACCAGGGCAUGCACAAGUACAGACAUUACUCUUCAGGUGAUAGAAGGAAAAAUCUUUCUGUCAACACUAAUGAGGUUGUACCAUUUGGAGCAGCCAUGCAGGUUCAGACUGCAGAUUGAAAUGAAGAACAUCUGCA